AUGCCUUCAACCGACUCGUUGUCUGAUCCUCAGGAGUAUCAGAAAAUCUUCCACUGGGCUGAAACCCAGAAAGAUGGCACUAUCCCUUCUUUCAACACACGACGUAAUGAUCCUUAUGAGUACCAAUCUGGCUUUGGAAAUGCCUUCGCAUCCGAGGCAAUCCCUGGCACCAUUCCACACGGCCAAAAUAGUCCCCGUAAUGUGAGAUUUGGGCUCUAUGCCGAGCAGAUGACGGCUACGGCUUUUGUGGCUCCCCGACACUGCAACAAGAAGGCGUGGCUAUACCGCGCCCGUCCCGCUGUGGCUCACCAGGGCUUCACUGAACUUCCAGAUAACAAAGAUACCGAGGCGAACUUUCUGCCAUUGAACCCUCGUAUCCACGUCUCUCCUACCCAGCUGGCCUGGCACCCGUUUGAUAUCCCCGAAGGUGAGGAUGUUGACUUUGUUUCGGGACUGAAGACAGUCGCUGGAUCGGGAGAUCCUACUUUGCGUGAGGGUCUUGCUACACAUGUUUACGUUGCCAAUACCAGCAUGAAAAAGAAGGCUUUCGUCAACUCGGACGGCGAGUUCCUCAUUGUUCCACAGCAGGGCGCCCUCGAUAUCCAGACCGAGUUUGGGCCCAUGCUUGUUCAACCUGGUGAACUAUGCGUCAUCCAGCGUGGAAUUCGCUUCAGUGUGAAUCUACCUGAUGGUCCGUCUCGUGGGUACAUUCUGGAGGUCUGGGGCACACAGUUUGAGCUUCCUGAGCUUGGUCCCUUGGGCGCCAAUGGCCUUGCAAAUGCGCGCGACUUCUUGAGCCCAGUUGCUAGGUAUGAAAUUUUGCAAGAACCAUGGGAAAUUAUCUACAAGCUUGGAGGCAAGUUCUUCAGGAGUACACAAAACCACAGUCCAUAUGACGUUGUCGCAUGGCACGGAAAUUAUGUGCCCUAUAAAUACGACUUGACCAAGUUCGUCAACGUAGGCUCUAUCUCCGUGGACCACAUCGAUCCCUCUAUCUUCUGCGUUCUCACGGCCAAGUCCCGCGAUCUAACAGCGCCGCUCGCUGAUUUCCUUACAUUCUCCCCUCGUUGGGAUGUUGCCUCUCACACAUACCGCCCUCCAUACUAUCACCGCAAUGCCGCCUCCGAACUGAUGGGCUUAAUUUACGGUGGCUAUGGCGGCCGCUCGGAUGCUUUCCAACCCGGCAGUGUUUCAUUUGAAUGUGGCAUGGUCCCACACGGCGUCGCGUAUGAGGAAUUCAAAGAAGCUACCGAUAGCGCACCACCAGUAGCGCAGAUAUCCCAAGCCUCUAUUGCGUUCAUGUUUGAGUCGUGCCGUCCUUUCACUAUCACUGACUAUGCGUGGAACAGCGAGAAGAGACAUGAACAUGAGCCUAAAAUGUGGGAUAGCUUGGUGGACAAUUUCUCAAAGCAUGCGGAGGAGAUCGAGGAGAUCAUGGCCCGAAAAGCCAAAGGACUAUCCAUUUCCUAG